AACUGCGAAGUUGGGAAGGGCUUCGCUUGCUCUGCCGGGAGAAGAGGGUGAACAUCAAGGGCUUUCAGCUGCUUUUCACGAGCGGGGAUUCCCGGAGACGCCUGGUAGGGGGGUGGAGAGUUUAAGGUACCCCCGUCACAAGACACACAUGCAAACACACCCUCCGCGUUAAAGAAAGAAAAGAAGAGCUGGGCUGCGAGAUUAGCCGCGACCAUUGAAAUGGCGCAGAUGGAGGUGGUGGUGAUGAUGAUGGUGGCGUGCCUGGCUUUCCUGCGGAAGGUCGAAUCUCCAGCACUUCGAAUCUCCUGCGAUCCUGGAGAAUUCCUAUAUUCUGGGAUUUGUUGCAAAAGCUGUCCUGCGGGUACCCAUGUGGAGGAAUACUGUACUUUUCCAAGUACAUCAACAAAAUGUAAAUCCUGUACAGAUGGAGAAAGUUACACUGAAUUUAAUAAUGGUCUACAUCGCUGCUUACUGUGUACUGAAUGCAAACCUGGUUACAAAAUGAUAGCACCUUGCACCAGGAAGAAGGACACUGAGUGUCAGUGCAAUGAUGGCUAUUUCUGCCCUCCAGGCUGUGAGGAGUGUGUGAAAUGCAAGACGCGGUGUCCUGAAGGACAGGUGAUUAUGGAAAGCUGCAAUGCCACAACAGAUAUGAAAUGUGGACCACCAUAUCCCGAAGCUUCAGCUGCCUCAUUUCCAUGGGUUUGGAUCAUACCUGUUGUUUUACUUGCACUGGUUCCCUUGGUGGUUUGCAUCAUAUAUAAAUGGAGAAAACACAAUUCUGUAAUGAAGAAAGAAAACGAAGAAUUCACAGACCAUUUGAUACCUGAUGGCAACGAGAAUGUAAACUCUACAAUUGAAGGCACUGCUGUUUCUCAGGACAGACUGCCUGAAACUGCGAAGAGAGAGAAUUUGGAGAUGGACAAUAGGGAACAAGACCUUCCAAAUAGGCCACCUGUGUCAUCAUCAGUCAAGGUUGUUUGUUCAAGUGGGCAGUCCAGUGGAAGGAAUGAUGUACAAAGCUCGAACAAACCUGCAGUAAGGAUUAAAACUUCUCAUAUGGAAACAUUGGAGAAGGCUUAUUUUCAAAUAAAGGACCUGGUGGGAUCAGAUUAUUGGAAUAAACUUAUGAGGAAAUGCGGCUUAUCAGACAAUGACAUAGAUAACAUAAAGCAUGAUAAUGCUCAACAUUUUGAUGAACAGCAUCAUCAGAUGUUAAAAACUUUGCGAGACAGGAAUGGACUUGUUGCAGCUUUUCAUAAAAUAUUUGCUGGACUGGAAGAAAUGAACCUUUAUGGUAUUUAUGAAAAUAUAAUAAAAGAACUAAAACACAAAGAUUUAAUAAUAAAGGAAGCUGAAGACUAAUUUAGUUUUUCUUUCUUUCGUUUUGACUAUGCAAAAACUGGACAGAAAACAGUCUGUCUUUUUACGCAUCAAUUUAUUAUAGCACAUGUAUCCUCGGCUGAGGAUGUGUAAAUGGACAACACAGUUGUUGAAAGAAAUAUGGAUCCUAUUUGGGAAAUGAAAUGCAUAUCUGAGUGGGUGAAUUUUGCAACAUAAAAACUUUACAAUGGAUAAUGCAGGAACCAAUAGGAGCUUGGUCAGUAUUUGGAAAUUACAGGUUUAUGUGAUUCUGUACUGUCCUCUAUAAAAAUGCUAUUGUGACCAAAAUUCAGUGUUCAAUAUUACGUGAACUGCUCACAGCAGGCUGAAGCUGGAUAUAAUAGUUUUCAACAGAAUCAGAAUCAGGUAAUCUGUUGGGUAGGUGGAAUUUAACUGUAAAACUUCUUGAAAUAUAAUCCACUGGAAUCAGGCUGGAACUGUGUUCGCAUUUGCUACUAUAGUAUGAAAUGUAAUAUUUCAUUUGUGAUCUUAUAUACAAAGAGACAACAAAUGUGAACAGUGUCAUAUUCUGUACUUUUUGUAUGUAUUUUCUAAUAAAAAAAAUAGUUCUGAUUC